AUGGUGAAAGCAUUCUUCUGUGGACAUGAACUGCCCAGAUAUAUCACUUGCACUAAUUUGGUUCUAAUUCCCAAGAAGAAGGAGAUUAACACUUUCUCUGAUCUAAGACCUAUUAGUCUCAGCAAUUUUACCAGCAGGAGUAUUGUGGAAAAUAUUCUACUUGUACAAGAGAUUGUACAUGACAUGAGAUUGAGGUGUAAACCAGCUAAUGUGGUGAUAAAGCUUGACAUGACAGGGUCUCAUGGUUAUUUCUUACCAAGGGGUGUUAAGCAACGGGAUCCUUUAUCUCCAACUUUGUUUAUUUUGGCUUCAGAAUGCAUGUCCAGGGCUUUGAAUUAUCUUCAUUCUAAAGCAAAAUUUAGGGGAUUUGGCAUGCCUAAGUGGAGUCCUUAUAUAAAUCACCUAGCAUAUGCAGAUGACACCAUCAUUUUCUCUUCAGCUGAGGAGGAUUCAUUGAAACUCAUUAUGGAUACCUUGGCAUCUUAUGAGGCAGUAAGUGGGCAAAAAGUUAACAAGAUGAAAAGUGCAGUGUUCUUGCAUCAUAAUAUGACUCAAGAAGUAGAAGAAAAGGUGUUUUCCAUUACCAGAAUUCCUAGAAAGGAAUUUUCAUUCACAUAUCUGGGAGUUCCUAUCUACUAUGGAAGAAGAAUGAUAGCUCACUACAAGGAGAUCAUUGACAAGGUUUUCAAUAGACUGAAUUCAUGGACAGGGAAAUUAUUAUCUAUUGGUGGAAGAGUUACCCUCAUUAAGCAUGUGCUGCAAAGCAUGCCUAUUCACCUAUUAUCAGCAUGUGACCCACCUGCAGGUGUGCUAUCCCAAAUACACAGACUGUUUGCUAAAUUCUUUUGGAGCAAUUCAGUGGGCAAUUCUAGCAAACAUUGGGUGACUUGGACAGCUUUAUGUUAUCCUCAGGAGGAAGGCGGAAUGGGUUUCAAGAGCUUGCAAGAUGUCUCUAAGGCUUUGUUCUCAAAACUUUGGUGGAAUUUUAGGACCAAACAAUCAUUAUGGAGGAUGUAUAUGAGCAACAAAUACCUUAAAAAAGAACAUGCAGUGACUGUUCAGUGGAAAAGAGAGACAUAUAUUUGGAGGAAAUUGAUCCAGUGCAGAGACAUAGUAGAAAAGGAGAUUUGGUGGCAAGUGAAACAAAGUAACUCCUACUUUUGGUUAGAUAAUUGGACAAGCUUAGGGGAAUUGUACCAAAUACUACCUUCUGAUUUCAACAUAGACAAAACAUUGAUCCAAACAAAAGAAAUGGGGAAUGGCGAAGGAUGGGAUGAACAAAGGCUGAGGGAACUAUUGACAGGAAACAUUGUGGAUCAUAUCAUACAAAGUGUAAGCCCUCUAUCAUGUAAUGAUACACUUGAUAGGCCAUACUGGAAAUUGGAUACGGGAGGCAAAUUCACUGUGAAGACUGCUUUCAAUUUAGUUAGACAAAGGGAGGAACCAAGCAUUUUGUACAGGAAAUUUUGGAUUAAAGGUUUGCCAGUAAAGAUUUCUUUCUUCAGCUGGAUAUUAUGGAAAGCUAAGGUGCCAUUAGAUGAUGUAGUGAAGAAAUGGGGUAUUCAGUUUCCUUCAAGAUGUUAUUGUUAUGAAAAUCCAGAAAUGGAAACAAAUUGGUCAAAAAGAGAGGUUAAGCCUAACAGAGCCUUGUGUAGGUGA